UCGAGGCACCAAAAAUGGAAAGAAAAGAAACAAAAAAACUAACUGGAGAACCAGAAGAGUGACGGUUGACGCAUUGAUUGAUUCGACUAGGAAAAGUUGAAGACGAAGAACGGCAGCUAAUGGUUGAUCUCGUUUCUUCAAUUGAUCAAUUUUCUUCUUGUUCUUGAUGCCUAGAAUCUUGAUCAGAAGAGAAUCAUGAAUUUUCUCACCGGAGCUUUUAAGCCGCCGUGUAGCAUCUCAAUUCUGUUCGCCGAUGCAAAAACUCGUAAGCAGGUUCCGUUGAAGAAGGAGAAUGGAAAAACAGUUAUGGUUCCUCUCUUUCACAGUCAAGAAAACAUUGUUGGAGAGGUUGUUUUAGAACCAGCACAGGGAAAGAAGCUUGAACAUACGGGUGUUAAAAUCGAGCUGCUUGGUCAGAUAGAAUUGUACUUCGACCGAGGCAACUUCUAUGAUUUUACAUCUCUAGUUCGUGAACUUGAUAUUCCCGGUGAGUUAUAUGAAAGAAAAUCAUAUCCGUUCGAAUUUUCUACAGUUGAAAUGCCAUAUGAGUCUUACAAUGGAGUCAACGUGAGACUUAGGUAUAUAUUAAAAGUGACUGUCAGUCGAAACUAUGUCAGCAACAUUGUAGAGUACCAAGAAUUUGUGGUUCGUAACUACUCUCCUCUGCCAUCAGUCAAUAACAGCAUUAAGAUGGAAGUAGGAAUUGAGGAUUGUCUUCAUAUCGAAUUUGAGUACAGUAAAACCAAGUACCAUUUGAAAGAUGUCAUCAUUGGAAAAAUUUAUUUUCUUCUGGUGAGAAUUAAGAUAAAAAAUAUGGAACUUGAGAUCAGGCGCCGUGAGUCGACAGGAUCAGGGCCAAAUACAUAUGUUGAGACUGAAACACUUGCAAAAUUUGAGGUGAUGGACGGCGCUCCUGUCAGAGGAGAAUCAAUUCCAGUCAGAUUGUUUCUUAGUCCGUAUGAGUUGACACCCACAUAUCGGAACAUCAACAACAAAUAUAGUGUGAAGUACUACUUGAACCUUGUUUUAGUUGACGAAGAGGAUAGACGGUAUUUUAAGCAACAAGAAAUCACAAUUUAUCGGCUUGAAGAUUCAUGAUCAUCUGUUACGACUUACGAGCAACUAAGACUGCUUAAUUUGAGAGAAAAAAAAAACAGUGUGUUUAUGACGGUGUUUGGAGAUUUUGUUUAUCAUCUUGAAUAGCUUAAAGUGGGGUUUCUGGUGAAUUAUUUAUUCGAUUUGCGGGUUCUGUCAAUCUCGCUCUUGUUCUUGAUUAAUGCUGUACCCUUAGAGGACAAGAAACUGACUAAUGGUUUAUAUUUCUCAACAUCUCUUGAAUAUUUUUUUUGAUUUCUGUUAAAUAUAAGUAUCAAUUCAGGUUUUCAUCA